GGCGCCCCCGGGGCUGCGCCGAGCGGGGGCCGCGCCAUGGCGGCGGAUGGCCACGGGGGCCGGGAGCUGCUUGCCCUCAUCCACCAGCACCUGCUCCGCGGCGGCUUCGCCCGGGCGGCCCGAGAGCUCCAGGCGCAGACCGGGCAGAAAUUGCUCCCUUCCCUCUCAGCCUCUCUCGAGGACAUCUUUACCCACUGGGAAAAAACUCCCUCAAAUACCAGGAGAAAGGUGAGUGAGGAGGAGGCAGCCAUCCCAGAAAAGAUCAGAGUUCCUGAUCCCGUGAGCAGCUCUGAGAGCUCUGAGAAGGAAGAGGAUGAGAAGGAGAAGGCGAAAGCUGCCAAGGCAGCCAGCCUUCCACUGACCACAAACUCAGGAGUGACUGCAGAAAGCAGUGAGGAUGAGGACUCCUCAUCAGAAGAGGAGACGUCCGCCGGGAAAGGAGCAGGCACGGUGACAGCAGCUGUGGUGAGUGGCAAGGCUGCCAACUCCCUGCAUUCUCCUAGCAAAGCUGCUGUCCCAGCAGGCAGAGCGGCAGGGCCCUCUGCUGCAAACAGAGCUGUGCUCUCGCACAAGCAGCAGCCCAGUGCAUCAGCUGUGUCUGCAGCCCCAGCCAAGGCUGGGCAGAAGCUGCCUGGCCCUGGGAAGCCCAACCAUGCCACAACAGCCAGAGUAGGUCAAAGCAAAGCGCCGGUAACUGCCAGAGGAUCGGACAGCUCCGGCAGCAGCUCCUCGUCGGAGAGCGAGGAGGAAAAAGAGACUCCAGCUGCAAAGGCCCCGGCCCCCAAAGUGGAGCCAAAGAAGGCAGCUGGGGCUGCUGAGAACAGCAGUGAGGACUCAAGUGAUGAAACAUCCGAGGAGGAGGAGGCUGCAGCUCCAACGGCCCAGGCAAAGCCAGCUGUGAAAACAGCUCAGGUUAAUGCAGCACCUGUGAAAAGUGCCCCUGCUGCUGCAGUGCCCCUCAAGAAGAGUGCAGUGAGGCAAACAGCACUGCCACCACACCAGGCCAAACCCACACCGGCUCCUGGGGCUGCAAAGCCUGCUGACACCUCAGAGAGCAGCGACUCCUCUGACAGUGAAGAUGAGGAGCCUCCAUCCUUACCCCAGACGCAGCCACCUCCCAAGCCCUCCCAGGCCGUCCCCUCCCCGCUGAAACCUACACCAGCAGCAGCGCUCUCCAGUAAGGCAGCUCCAGCUAAAACACUUCCACCUGCUGAAGGGAAGCCAGCACCAAAAGCAGCAGUGCCAAAGCAGACCAAAGCCACACUGGGAAGGGCUGCUGCUGCCCCAAAGGCUGCUGAAAGCACGAAGCCAGCUGAGAGCUCCAGCUCCUCCAGCAGCGAAGAGGAGGAGCCCCCUGUGCCCAUCAGCCAGAAGAGAUUGACAGAGCAGCCUGGGCCUGUUCCCAGCCUCAGCCAGGCUGCCAAAACUGGGCCACCUGAAAAAGCACUGGGAAGCACCUUGAACACCCAGGCCUCAGGAAGUGAGAGCAGUGACUCUUCUGACAGUGAGGAGGAGACCUUGGUGGCACAAACACAGCCUCCACAACCUGCAAAAGCCAAUGCUGUGCCCCAGCCAACAAAUGUGAAGAAGGCUCCAGCUCCAGCUCCUGCCCCAGCCCCAGCCCCUGCCCCUCCACCUGCGGCCAGCAGCGACGAUUCCAGCCAGGAGUCAGAUUCAGAGGAGGAAAUAGUCCCUCCCACUCAGCAGGUUCUGUCCCAGCAGAGUGUCAAAGCAAACAAGGUUUUGAGCACAGUGGCUGCCAAGGAUAAUGCCACACUGCCCCCAGGGAGGGGGCUGAAGGCUCCUGCUGUGCCUGCAGUCAGCAGAGUGUCUGAGAGCUCCAGCAGCGAUGCCUCGGAGCAGCAUGUGCAGGCCAAAGAGGCCUCCACUGCUCCUUGUCUGAAGCAAACAGUUCCUGUGGGAAAAGCUCCUCCAGCCAGCCCUGCUGCCCCUCAGGCUGCUUCGCUCUCAGGAGCUGCCACUGCCAAGUCAAAGAAGCCAGGCCUGCAGCCAGUGCAGGAUGCCCAGCUGGCACAGCCUGUGCCACCCACCAAGGCAGAGGACACCUCAGGCAGCAGCAGUUCCUCGGACAGCAGUGAUGAGGAGACCCCCAAACAGCCCCCCAAACCUGGCUCACAGCAGAAACCAGCAGGGAUCCAGCCAGCCCACAGCUCCUCCUCAGAGUCCAGUGAAGAGGAGGAGCAGGCAGCAUCACAGUCCCUCCUCACAGGCUAUGUGGGCCGCUCCAAGCCUCCAGCAGCGGCCCAGGCACCAAAGACGGUUCCCCCCGAGCCUGUGGGCAAGGUGGGGCAAGGGAAGGCAGCCACAGCUGCUGCAAACUCCCUCCCCAACCCCCCCCCGAAGGCGGCCCCAGGCGACAGCGACAGCAGCGACAGCAGCGACUCCGAUACCGACGUGGAGCAGGGGGCUCCAAACCACAGAGCAGAACCCCACCCUCCUCUAGGGCAGGAAACCACAGGAACCUCCAGCAAAGAGAAAGUGGCAGGAAAACCAGAGCCAGCUCCUGCCAGCCUCAAACCUGCCCGACCCAAGAAAGCCCUGGCUGUGAAAGAGAAUGAUGCUGGGGCAAAAGGGGUGCAAGUGACCCCAGCACCACACACCACACUCCCCACCCCACAGGCAGAGGAGUCCAGCUCUGGGAGCGAAACUGAGAUCAGCACUGCUGCCAGAGCUCCUGCACUGCAAACACUGGAGGGGUUGGAAGGGAAGAAGAAGAAGAAGAAAAAGGAGAAAAAAGAGAAGAAGGAGAAGAAGAAAACUUCCUCCACAGCAGACAAGGCUGUGAAAACAUCCAAGAGCAAAGACAAAGAGAACAAGAAGCAGAAAACGUCUCAGAAGAGGAAGCUGGCAGAAGAGGAUGAGGCUGCUGUGCAGCCCAAGGAGAAGAAGAGGAAAGGGCAAGCUCAUGAGGAAGCACCCAAAAAGAGAAAGAAGAAAGCAGCUGGUGACCUGGAGAAGCUGCCAGACAGCAAGGAGAAGAAAAAAACAGCUAAAAAAAAAAAGGCUGGAAAAGAAAAGAAGAGCAAAAAGAUGCCUCUGGAAGGGGAGCCUGUAGCAGAUGGCUCUGCUGAGGUUCCCAAGAAGAAGAAGAAGAAGAAAGCAGCUGAGCCUGAAGGAUAGUGAGCAGGUAGCUGGCCCCUGGGGACUGUCAGCUGGUAGCUCUGAGCAGCGGUCACCUCGGCCAAAUUCCGUCCUCCUGGGCCCACCUCGGGAAGACAGUGAACCUUCUGAGUCAGCCUGGCCUGGGGUUAGAGGUCCAGGGAGUGGAGCAGUGUGAGGAGAGCCCUGCAGCAGCGUCUUGGCUCCUCUGGAUGUGUUUGACCUCAACUCUGUAGCUGCUGAGAGCCGGCUGUCCAGCCGGGACGCUGCUGCCCUCUGUCAUCAGCGGAGCCAAGCGGCCUCUGGCAGGGUCUGCCUUGGCCCUGCUGACCACAGGGAGCUUGCAGAAAGUGCUGUGGGUGAGGUGGUGAUGUUGUAGUCACCUGGAAGCGGACCAGAUGCACCUGCCCUGGCUCUGCUGGGCUGGAAGGCUGCUCUCCUCCUCCCCACCCCUAGCUCCCUAACUCCCCUCCCCCAAGGUACCGCAUCCCUGUGAUCAAGGAUCUGUGGGUGAAGAUCAAAACAGGAGAGAGAGAGAGAGAGAGGAAAGGAGAAAAGCCUGGCAGGAGAAUUUCAGCUCUUGGGUUUUGUUUUUAUAUGGUAAUUUAUAACUCCUUUUAACUGUGACUCUUAGAGCAGAGCAAUGUAACCUCCUGCCUCCUCCUGCCCUGCUUGAGGCCCCCCCAGACGGUUCCUUUGUUGCCCCCUCCUGACAGCUCCCUUGUUGCACAAGAGCUGAGCUCACCUGAAGGAGGCAGGCUGACCAGAGAAGAGCCAGCUUGCAGAAACUACUUUCCUCCUAGCUGACACCCACCCAUCUCUUUUUCUCCUCACAGAGCUAUAUUUUUAAGAGCAACUUUGACCUUUUCUGUUUUAUUUUCCCUCUC